AACACACUCCCUGUUCUGCCAGUUCCAGGGCAUGUCCACCUCUCUCUUCUGAAAACGGGCAGGUGACGCUUGUCAAACCCUGUCCCCUUCUUGCUGUAAAACUGAGUGGGAGCAGCUUGAGUGUGUAUUUUUUAAAAUUCGGCUUCAAAGAGAUUUCGCAGCUGAGUGGCAAGAUCAACUCGUUCCCCUUCCAGCUCAGUCAGCCUUGAGAGGCUCACACGAUGCUGCUGGUCCUGCUCCUGGGAGGCUUGGCCUGGCAGAAUGUGCCUGGGCACGGCGAGGUGGUGACCUCUUUCAAAGAUGCCUGCCCCCAGUUCUUCUUCAGAGAAACUCCUCCGAGUAUUGGGCUGGAGCCCCCAUGCCCAGCUCGGAUUUGUCAGCGUUACAAAAACCAGUAUCGUUUCGCCACACUGUACGACAGAGACAAUCGCAUCCCGGUGUACUCGGCCUACAUCUACAAUCCUGGGACGGCGAAGAGGCCAAGCACAUGGAGGGUAGAACCUCAGCUCAUUGAUUUCACAUUUCAACCUGACAUGGAAACGGAAUGGACCCUCCUGCAGGAACAUAGCGCCCAUGAGGAAGCUCUUGAGGGCAGCCAGGCUGUUUUGCGAGAUUACAAAAACCUUACUGGUUUCAACAGGGGCCAUCUCAACCCCAACAGCCACCAGCCUGACCUGGAUGCCAAAGCAUCUACGUUCACCUUGACCAACAUUGUGCCACAACACAUAAACCUCAACGGUGGGGCCUGGAACAACUAUGAACAAUCAACAAUGGCAAGCAAGACUGAGGGAUGCAAGGAAACAUUUGCUGUGGUGGGUGCGGUGCCAGGAAACAACUUCAUCGCCAAAGGGAGGGUCAACAAGCCCAGCCAUGUAUGGUCUGCAGCCUGUUGUGUCAUAGACAACAAUCACCUGAGAUCUUGGGCCAUUAUUGCCAGGAAUGAUGAGAACGUGGUGCUCACUCUCACUUUGGGGGAACUCGAGAGAAAGCUUGCAGAGUUGUAUAAUCGGAAUGACAUCUUUCUGUUUGAUAGUGACUGUCCCCGGGAAUAA